UGCUUUUUCUCUCUUUGUAUUGGCACUAGAAGAAGAAAAACUGAUAUCAAAAUACAAAAAUCGGGAUUUUCUUUUUCUUUUUCUUCCCACUAAAUUCUUCAACAAGAGGAGCGCUUCAUUGCUGCAUAUUUCUCAUCCAUAUAUAUCCUCCAUAAAUAAGAAAAUAAAGGUCAUUCUUGUCUAGAGAGAAUUUAAGAUAAGGGCACAAUAUUGUCUUGGAUAAUCAUAUCACCGGUCAUGAAUAUGUCAUCCAAUGCAUGCUUGCAUCUUAUCAUCUUUCAUAUAUCGGAACCCUCGGAUUAUGCACCUGGCAUACAAAAGAACGUAUCUGGCAAAGUUAUCAGGUGGAAUAUUAAUGUCUCUGGUCCUGAGAGGAUAGAUGCUAAAAAGUACAUUGAGUUUCUAGAAGCAGAGAUUGAGGAACCAAAUCGUUAAGUUGGUAGAAAAACUGCAAAUGGACAAAAUGAGCUAUUGGAAUAUCUCAAGUGUCUCGAGCAACAAAAUCUGGAGAUUCAAGGUUUUCCGCUCCCCUAAAUAUCCUUCAUUGACUGUGAUGGGAGCUUCCGAUGAUGUUAUGGCAUUUUGAACUUGUAUUAUUUGUUGUUCUAGGAGUUGACUAGUAGUGCUGGUGAGGAUGUGUGCUUGCAAUGAACACAUUCGUCAAGCGUUUUCUGGCUGUUUCAGAUCGUAGCCAAAUGAAGGCGGUUCAUUUAC